CCUUCCAAACCCACGACUGAAUCCCGAAUCCUUUGCAACAUCCCUAUUCUCUUUCAGGCGCGAGGAAAAUUGUGGAACUAAGUUUCGACGCCCGUUUGGCGAAGACGAAACGCAAACUAUCGUUGCAAAACAGGGGCACAGCUUCGCUGCUCGCAGUAACAAGCCCAAUGUUCUGGCUAGACAAAAUAAGGACGUUUGGUUAAUCAGGUGUCAGGCAAGGGGGGGGGGGGGGGGGGGCACCUCGCCGGCACCCCGAGUCCUACUCAGUCGAACAAUAGUUGUAAUCGCAUGGAAUUGCGUACUGCCACCGGUUUAGCGAAAAAUUUCGAUUGCUCUGCUCUAUGAUGCGAUCAAUUUCAUUAGCUCGAUGGCUACGUCACACAGAAUGAUGAUGUGGUCGCGUUACCCGAUGGUCAACAAUUUUACGUAAUCAUCCUGAAGCGGGCGACUGAAAACCGAACAUACCGGAACCGGAAGGUACACAGUGUGGCAGCGCACCCCAGCCACCGACAAUGAUAAGAAAAGCAUCGGAACUGUUGCAUCCUGCCCUCUUGACGAAUGGUGCGAGGCAGCGCGAAAUAAUCUCACGCUUGCAGGGCCUUCCAAAGAUACAGCUCAAUAAGCAACGAGUUACGAAAGAGGCGGCCGUCUUGAUACCGCUCUGCCUAGUGGACGGUAAGGUAUGCCUUCUGUACACACUACGCUCCAGCAAAAUGAGAAGCCAUCGGGGGCAAGUCUCCUUCCCCGGGGGCAUGAAGGACGACACCGAUAGCGACCAUGCGGCAUGCGCGUUGCGCGAGUUCGAGGAGGAGACCGGCAUUUCCAAGCGAACGGUGCACGUAUGGGGCUGCGGGCACCCGAUCGUGCCAGCCUUCGACCUGGCCGUUACCCCGGUCGUCGGCAGUCUCGGUGACUAUUGCCCAGAGCAGCUACAGCCGAGCACGGACGAGGUUGCCAAGGUGUUCACGGUGCCGAUCGAGACGUACACGCGCGCAGAAAACCGGCGACACACGCAGUUCCGCACCCACUACAGCUCGCCAGUCUUUCUAAAUGGGCCGGAAACGGUGUGGGGUCUAACAGCGAUCAUUACCCAUCUGUUCCUGUCCGCUCUACUGCCGGAUGUGUACGAUCGGCAGUUACCAUUCCUAAGGAAGUACAGCAGUAGAGCAAAUACGGUAAAGAGCCGAUAGCCGGGGUUUGCGAACACUCUUGGCCACCGAAAGCAACAUUGCGACUCAGGUUUCCAUGUUUUAUUUGUAUUGAUAUAAACAUUUUGUACAAAUUUGGUACGAAAUAAAAUGGGAAGUAUAAGAUGAAAUAUAAUGCUUAUAAUCAAUUCAA